GCCCUCCUACGAUACCGGUUUAUUUUGUAGCAUCACUAUCAAACCGACCGCCAAUUCAAACGGGAGGAAUUCGCCGGCACCUUAGCGUAGAAAGGAAAGUGGAUCUCUUCACGACCAGUAGAAGGUAUCUCUGAAGUGACUUUCGUGGCACAAAAAUGUAUCGAAGUUGACUACAUUCUAAUCCACGUGCGGCUCAGACAGCAUCCACCUCCUCAUUUCUCAGCUGUAGCUAACGUUAGUAGCUAGCUGGCUAAUAUGCCGGUUGCUAGCAAGCCAACUGAGUUAGCAGAUAAUUAAUAAGUCAACCGUUUUGGACUAAACAGGCAUAACAGUGGAAUAAGAAAGUUAGAUUGCAAAGAGUACAACAUUUGACUGUUUUGUCUGUAGCUACUACUUUAGCAAUCCUUCCUUCUUAACAAUUUGGGGUUAGAACGCACGUGACGUGGUGGCUAAAAUAGACACGUCACCUUACAUUUCGAUAUUGUAAAAAUAUCGUCAUUGGUUGUAGUAGUUUGCCAAUAUUGGUUCCAUCCCUAUGAUGCACCAGCAAGGGACGUUCGUGUCCCCCUUGCUCAGCGGGGUCUUCUGUCAAUGCCGAACAGAGGAGGCGCGCCGGGGUUCUGACCCCGGUGGAGGGGUCGGAAAUGCAGGGGGUGCAUCCUCAUCAUCCUUUACAUCCUCACCUCCAUCUCGGGAGAGUCCGUUGUCAGGAGAGAUCACAGGUUCCUGUGAUGACUCCUGUGAGCCAUCAUACCCAUGUGAACUUUGUGGUGGACCCGAGCAGGACCACAGACUGAAAGUGCUGUUUCAAGUCCUGGACGUGAAUGGUGAUGGGGGCAUCUGCGUCAACGACCUGUCAAUUGGGCUCAAGAAACUAGGGGUUCAUCGCACUGAGCUCGAGCUUAUGAAAAUAGUGAAAGCAGGAGACAAGGACCUGGACGGCCAGCUGGACUUUGAGGAGUUUGUCCACUACCUGAGAGACCACGAGAAGAAGCUCCGGCUGGUCUUCAAGAGCCUGGACAAGAAGAACGAUGGUCACAUUGACUCGCAGGAAAUCAUGCAGUCCCUUCGAGACCUGGGGGUUAAUAUCUCCGAGCAGCAGGCUGAGAAGAUCCUCAAAAGAAUAAGGAAGGGCCUUGUCUGGGCCCCUAUCAUGUACAUGGACAAGAACGGCACGAUGACCAUCGACUGGAACGAGUGGAGAGACUACCACCUGCUGCACCCUGCAGAUAACAUUCCGGAGAUCAUCCUGUACUGGAAACACUCUACGAUCUUUGAUGUUGGGGAGAGUCUGAUGGUGCCAGAUGAGUUCACCGCAGAGGAGAAGAAGACUGGGAUGUGGUGGCGACACCUAGUGGCUGGAGGAGCAGCCGGCGCCGUGUCUCGAACCUGCACCGCACCUCUGGACCGGCUCAAAGUGCUCAUGCAGGUCCACGCCACCCGUACCAACAGCAUGUGCAUCGCCGGCGGCUUCACCCACAUGAUCCGCGAGGGCGGCAUGAGGUCACUAUGGCGAGGCAACGGCAUGAACGUCAUCAAGAUCGCCCCCGAGUCGGCCAUCAAGUUCAUGGCUUACGAGCAGAUCAAACGGUUGAUAGGCAGCAACCAGGAGACCCUGGGCAUCCUGGAGAGGUUUGUGGCUGGAUCCCUGGCUGGAGCCAUAGCUCAGAGCAGCAUCUACCCUAUGGAGGUGUUGAAGACCCGCCUAGCCCUGAGGAAGACAGGACAGUUCUCUGGCAUCGCUGACUGCGCCAAACACAUCUUCCGGAAGGAGGGCAUGGCAGCCUUCUACAAGGGCUACAUUCCCAACUUGAUAGGCAUCAUCCCCUACGCUGGCAUUGACCUGGCCGUCUACGAGACUCUGAAGAACUCAUGGCUGCAGCGCUACGCCACAGACAGUGCAGACCCGGGGGUGUUCGUCCUGUUAGCCUGCGGUACCACCUCCAGCACCUGUGGUCAGUUGGCCAGCUAUCCCCUGGCCCUGGUCAGGACCCGCAUGCAGGCACAAGCCACCAUCGAGGGCGGUCCCCAGAUGACCAUGUCGGGUCUGUUUAAACAUAUCGUGAAGACUGAGGGUGUGUUCGGACUCUACCGGGGCCUGGCCCCCAACUUCAUGAAGGUCAUUCCAGCGGUCAGCAUCAGCUACGUGGUCUACGAGAACCUCAAGAUAAGCCUGGGGGUUGUGUCUCGGUGAGGACCAGGAGGAGAGGGAGGGAGAACCUCCCCUAAAGGCCAAAGGGUUCUUUUUUGCUUUUCUUUUUGGAGAGAAAAAGAGGAGAGCGAGGAGGAGGAGACUGUGGGAAGAGUUGCCAAGCAGCGGAGCGGGUGACUCGGAAAGAAGGGGUUGUUGCUGGGGUUGUUGGAAACGUCAUCUCAUUCUGUGAAUGUUAUGAGGACAGGUGAGGAGAGGUGGAUGGAGGGAGGAGAUAUAUAUACUGUAUAUACUACAACACUAACGACUAAAACUGGGUUCUCCAACCCUGUUCCUGGAGAGCUACUGUCCUGUACGUUUUCACUCCAACCCUAAUCUAGCGCAC